CUGAACUUGAACUUUACCGUCACGCAGGGGUGAUGGAUGUCCAUGCGACUCAGCAUUCAUAAACACAACAUAUUUAUUUAAACAAAUCAAUCAAUUCCCGAUCACAAACGAUCAUAAUCAUCAUGGGUUUCUGGGACCCGAAUGGAACUUCAGUCGUGUUCAGUGAACUACUGACUGUCGAAGAGAUUCGUAAAUGUAACAAUCGAGCUCAAAUUGACGGAACAAUCGCAGGUCUCGUUUCUGGUCUUUCAACUUCAAUUCUGAUUUCACGUCUACCCAAGAGAUUACCACCAAAUCAGAAUGCAUUAUUAGGUUUCGGAGUAGGAAUCAUGACAGCCUAUUAUUACUCUAAGAUCGCACUCAAAUCGAACUUGGACCGAUGUGAGGAACAGAAACGGAUAUUAGAACACGGUGCAUUAGGGACGAGAGAAAACUUUUCAAGUUAUAACUCGGAAACAAUGCAAGAUCCAUAUGCCCGUUGAAAACUUGUACAUUUAGGACAUCUCAUUGUAAUAUUUCCACUCCCUUGUCUUCUUUUCCUUGUGUAUAGAAUUCUAUAAACUUGAAAUUCUGUUUG